CUGUGUUGCUGUAACCGUGCACUGUGCGGUGCGUUGUUGGACAAUUUUUUUUCUAAAAUGGCUGAUUAUCAUGCCAAAAUCAUAUGAAACUUGGGACGUGUUUUUUUGAAAUAUGCCCUUUUGUUACUUUCGGUCAGUUGUUUUCAAGUGAAAGUGGUUUUCCUAAAUAUGUUAUCGUUCGUAUAAAUAAGACCUUUUCGUGUUAUUUGUGUUAUGUAGAUUCUAGUGAGGACGAACUGGAGUAGAUAAGACCAUCUGAUGUUUUCAGCACAAGUUUAAAGAAUUGUUCGUUUGUACUACUGUGUGUUAAAAAUACCUCAUGAAUGAUAAUUGGCUGCGCGAGCAAUGGACAAGCCGCAAGGAAAAAAAGAACCGCAGUCUUCGGACCCCCCGCAACAGAGGGCGCCUCCCGAAGUCUGUUUCGUUUGCGGCAACCGCAACCAACCCCACAUCUACUACCUGAACACCAAACCCAUUCCCAACAAGCCCAAAGAGCCGUACUUUCCCUUCCUGGACUCCCACGAGCCUCCCUCUGGAUAUAUUCCUAGAAAAGAGGCAUCCGUUCCCGCCUGCUACCUCUGCUACGCCCUCUUGCUGCAACAAUGGGAGUCUUACGAGAUCACAAUGAGGCCCCACUCGGAACGGAUGUACUGGUUGAAGCGGGUCGACAACGGGCCAUAUACGGGGGCCGAUAUGUUGAUGCAGGGCGAGUAUGCGGCGCAGGUGCUGGGAUUGAAUAGCGACGGGGUGGGAAGCGUGCCCCCUCCGAGACCCACAGGGUUGAAAGAGGAGCCGAAGGGCUGCGUUACCGGAAGACAAACGCAGGUACCCAACAAAACACGCGAAACCAGCUCCGACAUGAUCUCUUUGGAAGGAGCCCUUGACCUCACCCAUCCUCAGCAACCGGUCGUUCAGCAUCAGCCGCAGCAGCAGCAGCCGCACUCCGUCCCGGUGUUCCACAGCCAAAACUCCAACUCCUCCACCGGAACCACAGGCACCGACAUCCUCGAUCUCAGCAUGCCCGAUAAGAAUUCCGUAACGGAGGUGUGUUACGUGUGCGGCGACGAAUACAAACGAGGCAGUCUCGAUUUCGUCGAUUCGAAACGAGCGCCCGACGAUUUCUCCGAUCCCGACAAGCCGUUUUUUCCGAGUUUGAUCGAGCACCCGAGGCCGAGCCGGAGCCGGCCGAUCGACUCAUGUGGGAGGGUGCAGGCGUGUGUGGAGUGCCAGCACCAUUUGUUGAAGCAGUGGGAGACUUUCAAGGCACAAGGAGUACCCCACGCAGACCGCAAGUACACCCUUAGAAAACGACAGAGCUGCACUUUGGAUACGACCACCUUCAUUUGCUAUACUUGCGCCUUGGAAUACCCUUCGAGCAGCAUCCGCUUACUGUACUGCUGCCAGAACGCCGAAAAAGAGCCCUACUUCCCGUUCAUACAGACACUAAAAGCGCCUCCCGGCGCGAGUCCCAUCAGCCCGCAGGGCAUGGUUCAGGUGUGCUCGAUCUGCUACAAGUCCAUCCCGCAAAAGCACCAAGUGUUCGGCGGGGACCCUAGCGCCGUGGCCAACAAUCACGUUUCGGUGGUAGAUAUACUGUUUCACAACAAUAAUUCUUCGAGGCCGAGUACGGUGAAGUCGCCAGUGAAUAGCGCAGGGUCCGAUAUCAGAUACAAGCCGUACGACAUCAAUUCUUCCAUCAAUAAGAAGAAACAGUUGCACGACAGUAGACAAAAUCAUCUCAAGACUCUCAUGUCUACACGCACCACAUCUCCGUCGCCCGAUCUCAACGGACAACCGGGCAGUCAAAAUUAUCGCUGCUAUAUCUGUACCGGCCUUUAUCCUCGCGUCCAGAUGGAGUGGGUUAGCACUUCUGCGGAAGGCAUGAAUUCGCACGCGAUGCACUUUCCAUGCCUUGUUAAAGUAUCGAGGGCGACUGAAAACACAUGCAUGGAUUCCCAUGGCAGAGUAUUGAGCUGCAACAAAUGCGUGUACCAUCUGUCGCAACAAUGGGAAGCCUUGGAAGCUGAUAGGGUGCCCUUAGAACGAAGAAGAUAUGACAUACCUAACUUAGACACGACAGCAAAUGGUGAUCAAGGAAUCCUCACUCCCCCAAGUACAAACAGCGAAAGAACCGUGGGAAGUGGCAGCAAUCCAGGAACAGGUGGUAGCAGUAUAUUUUGCUUCAUAUGUGGAUUCCAUUCUGAACUCACUUUGGCCAGAGUUGUUUACAGCAAACCUCAAGGGAGAAAUGCGCCGUACUUUCCAAGACUUCUCAGCCACAAAAGUCCUCUGAAUGCCGAACAGUUACGAGAGGGCGGGUCUGCUUUGGUGUGUACAUUUUGUUAUCACACUAUGGUCAGUCAGUGGCGAAGAUUUGAGGCUCAAGGUGCCUCAGCUCUGCCGGCUGAGAGGAGAGAGUACAAUACGCAUGAUUACUGCUGUUACGUUUGUGGCAUCGUUACUUAUAGGAAAAGGGUUCGAGCAUUGCUAAACAAGGAUUUCCCUUUUCUGAGGUUCCAUCCUCAACCCGAGAAUUCUCUUGUUCUAGAGAACGGCGACUACUCAGUAGUCUGUUUGGAUUGUUAUGAGACUUUGCGGACACAGAGUUUAGAGUACGAGAGAUGGGGCUUGCCUCUUGACAAGAGACAGUACAACUGGAUCACACAACCUCCACCGCCAGAGGAUAGUCCUGAGGCUACCGUGGCUAGAUUGCCAAGUGGGCAGCGGAGUGAUAAAGUGGUGCCUCAGACUUUCAUUAUGAAACCAAAUAAGAGAAAUAAUUCUCCAAAAAUUGCAGAGAGGAAAGUUUCUUCGAAAAAUGAUUCGAGACCAGGAUUACCAAACAGUCCCAAACUCGCCUCUUCGACCAACUCUAGCACUAAACCUCGUACGACCAGCGGGCAUGCUGUUUCGGGUCCCGGUCCUGGCACUCAGAACCAGUUCUCGCAUUCUUUCGCUGCGGCACUUCGUAACUUAGCUCAGCAGACCGUUCCUGGAACCAAUGAGCACCCUCCAACUAGUCAGCCCGCUUCUGAAUCCGUCAGAAGAGAACCAGCUGUCAUUUCUGCGCCUGAAAAGCCUAAAGUAACUGCCGAAGUUCCUCCAUACAUCGGAUCCACAACGAUGCGGUCUUACGAACCCAGGCUGCCUACCAACACCGCAGAUAGAUACCAUGCAAGUGCGAUGAUGGAUAUGUCUCGAAGUGGUUUUCAACCUUAUCGACCGGAAGACAGUAGAAUGCAACAUCCCUCAUUAGCCGGUAUCGAAAUAACUGGUUACCCGACGUACCCACCUUACCCUUCGAUACCCUUGAUGGAAGAACAAAUUUACUAUGAUCGCAUGGGGAUGUUGAGACCGCCUUGGCCUCCAAUUGGAAAUCCUUAUCUACCCUAUAUGAUACCCGGAGCGACCAUGCCGCUUUAUAUGCACGAAAGAUUCAAGCUAGAAGAGGAGCACCGCCGACUAGCUGCCACCCGCAAAGACGAAUACAUGGAACGAGAGCUGAUAGAACGAGAACUUCAAAUCCAAAGAGAACGCGAGCAAAGAGAAAAGGAACGGCUCCACCGCGAACGGGAGAAAGUUCAGUCUCGCAUGUCACCCCACCUACCACCUCAUUUAACCGCUCAAUCGCCUCUUAUGAUCCCCGUCUUGCAUCCUAAUUCCAUGUUACCACCCUCUCCAAUAGGUUUAACGUCGGCAACUCGCCAGUCCUCGAUGGGAUCGGCUUUCAUAGCGCCCAACGCCCCUUCGCAGACUUAUCCUAUCCCGAGAUCUAGCCCAUCUCUGCAAAGGCACUCUCCCAACGUCAGCAUGGCUUCGAAUUACACCCUGAACCUCAGUCAACGCCAAAGCCCCGUCAUCCAACCUUCAGGGCCAAUGAUAAGUCUGGCUCCGCCUUCUCCUAGCCACACCCCGACCAGGGCGUCGCCAAAACCGCCCACGCCCAAGCCGAGCAACGGCAACACCCACUCCGCUGGUACUCCUACUGGAAUAGAUACUGUGUCUACUGUUGCUAAGAAUUCGGAAGAGGGACACACGAACGCCGCGACAAGCGAAGGGGUUCGAGUAGGCGGCGACACUGCCUGACCUCCUGUUUCGCCUGGAUUCUGCCACUGGUCGCGGAAUGCUUCGUGCUCUGACAGGAAGCCUAGUGUACCUCUCGUGAUGGCAAGUGACAAAAAUACUUCAAUCGACAUAAACACGAACACUCGAUCCAAGUUGGUGACAGC